UCCGAUUAAUUGCUUUGUUUGUUUCAUCAGAUACUCUAUCUAAAGGCAUUUGUGCCUGAAGCCACGGAAGAUAGAUGGACAAGCCAAGCAACUUCUGACCCUGCAUCAUUUUCUGGGGCAAAAUUGUAUGGCAAUGUAUCCUACAAGGGUGUCUGGUGAGGAAUGCAAUGGGAUCAAUAGCAUGUCUGCAGAGAGCGGCCCCGGGACGAGACUGAGAAAUCUGCCAGUGAUGGGCGACGGCCUCGAAGCCACCCAGAUGUCGACAGCGCAGGCGCAGGCGCAACCGCAGCAAGGCAGCACCGUCGGCGUCAACCCCCCUCCUCCAGAGACCUCCAACCCCAACAAACCCAAGCGGCAGACCAACCAGCUGCAGUACCUGCUCAAAGUGGUGCUCAAAACGCUAUGGAAGCACCAGUUUGCGUGGCCUUUCCAGCAGCCCGUGGAUGCUGUCAAGCUGAACCUCCCCGAUUAUUAUAAGAUAAUUAAAACGCCGAUGGACAUGGGAACAAUAAAGAAACGCUUGGAGAAUAACUACUACUGGAAUGCUCAAGAAUGUAUCCAGGAUUUUAACACGAUGUUUACAAACUGUUACAUCUACAACAAGGUACGAUGAGCUCCUCUGCGUUUUCAGAGGGGAUCUGCUGGUCUCUGCAGGCUCCGUAGGUCCGUUGUGUUGUUUGUAGCUCUGUGAAAAGCCAAAUUGUG